AUGCUCACCGAUCGUCUCAUCACCCGAAUCGGAUCUCUUCGAGGCCUUUCUCCACUUCGGAUGGGCAGCUUCGGUUCAGUCUCGUCGGCACCGCCUGGAUCAGCGAAAAUUCCAGCGUUUCAGAUGGAUUACACAAUAACAGAAACGGAUACUCUGGAAAGGGUAGCCGCUUCUCAUGACUGCACAGUUGGCGAGCUCAUGAAGCUGAACAAGAUGGCGUCGCGGAUGGUUUUCCCUGGUCAGAAGAUUCUAGUUCCCUUAGCAAAUUCUGACGACGUCUUCGAUCCGCCAUCAUCUGCCUCUUCAGUCAAAUCUUCAGGAAAUCAAAUAUCGGGAAUUGAAAACGCAGAAGACGGGAUACGAAAAGGUCCGGGCGGUGCAGUGCCGGCACACGUUAGACGGGGAUCAUUCACAAAAACUCAGUCAGCACCGAUUCCACGUGGCAGUAAUGAAGAAGCGGAUACAGAUUGUUUACAAAGGUUUUUGAAGAUCAAAGUGAAACAAGUGACGGAAUCAGAUGGAACAGUUUCGGGGACUCUUUUGGUGACACCGAAUUGUUUGAUGUUUGAUCCAGAUGUUUCCCAUCCGCUAGUCAAGGAAAAUGGACCAGAUUUAUAUGGAAUGGUAGCAAACAUGGACGAAAUACAGUCAGUGUCAGUGUAUAAAGAAAUUAGUGGGUUGACUGGAGACAAAGAAGAGAAAAAACGGGAUAUUUUUGAUCCAGAUCACCUGAGAACACCCGAAGAUAGUCCCAAGAAACAACUAAAAAAUCAUCAAGAAGAAGUAGAAAUCCCACGGAAUGGAAGUAAUAGCGAAGUGACAUUCGAAGCAGGAUCAGUGGAUUCCAAUCAUUCUCCAAAGUUUGGAAGUGAUAUUGCUUUGCCUGCAAUUUCGGAAGAAACUAAAGAUUCGCCCUGUGAAGAAUCGAAAUCAAAUGAAACAAGAAAUCGAUCAGCGACACUUGGAGAUGAAGAAGUUCAAUUACGAGCCAGAUCUCGAUCAAGAACGUCAUCACAAGCAAGUAGUAAUGACGAGCGACCCAGGAGUUUCUCUGAAUUGGAUACGCCUUCAGAAGGAAAGAAUAUCGGAAGGUUUUCACCAAAUGCUGCGAGGAGGUCGUUCGGAAAAUUGGGAAGAACGUUGAGCGCCCGCGCAAAAUCCAUCCAAGGAACAGUAACAUCUGGGGCUGAAAAAGUGGUUGGAACAGCAGUACAAGGGACAAAAACAGUGGCUCACGGAGUGGUGACUCAUACAAAAAGUGCAGCAGAUACGCUACAGUCUGGAAUUGAAAAUGGGGCAAAGGCGGCAGUUGAUGUGGCUGGGCGUGUAGUCGACAAAGGACAAUCGCUAAUGAGUGAAAGCAUCAACGGCGUCACUGAGAUCUUCACUGUUCCCGACUUUGAGCAACCCGCUAAAAGUCCGAUGGCAAUGAAACGAGAACAGUCUCUCGCAAAACUUCAAGAUUUGAAAAGGCAAACUGCUGAGGCCAGGGAGAAUUCUGCGAAAGAGAACCGAACCAGUGUAUUUGCUUGUGCCACAUCAAAUGAAGAAAUGCAUCAUGACUUAUUCGCCGCUGUUGACGAGAUAGUCGAACGGAGUCGAAUUCAAAGUAACGAUUCGACUGGAUCUCAACCAAUUCUUCCAUUUUAUAUGGCUGUCCGGUUGACAAGAAACAAAAAGAAGAAGAAGUCUUCUACAAGUUCGCCAUCGUACGACGAGGAUAUUGCUUUCGGAAAUAAGUUGAAAAGAGAGUUUUGGUUCGCAGUACCACGUAGCCAGGCUGACAACAUCUAUCACUUCUUAUUGCAGUGGUCACCGGAUAAGUACGGCCUGGAUACAACCAACAACACCACGAACGAAGAGCCAUCAUUGGUUAUGGUCAGUGACGGACAGGACAAAGGAUUCAUAGUACUCGGAUCGAACGCUGACGAGUCACUUGGAGAAUAUAUUCAAGUCACACAGUCAUACAUAGUGUGUUCUACUUUGUGA